AGGCUCUCUGACUUGCCGGAGGCCCUCUGCCGCCUGUGUCGGCUGCAGGAGCUGUUGCUCGCGUGCAACGAGCUUCGCUCGCUGCCGGCGUGGGUCGGUGCGUUGCCGCAGCUACACGUGCUCAACCUGCAGCACAACCGGCUGCGGCGGCUCCCGGCGGCGGUGCUCCGCAUCAAGGGGCUCCACUACCUGCGCUGGGGCGCGCAGAAGCCGUCGGGCGACGCCCCGGAGGAGGAGGAGGAGGCGGAGGAGGCGGAGGAGGCGGAGGAGGCGGAGGAGGCGGAGGAGUUGGCAGGCGUAGCAGCGGCGGUGGAGGCGGAGGAGGCGGAGGAGGCGGCAGGCGUAGCAGCGGCGGUGGAGGCCGGCGCAGCGGAGGCGGCGGCGGCGGUGGCGGAAGCGGCGGUGGCAGUCGGUGAUCAGGACGAUGCUGCAGCGGACGCAGGAGCGGAGGAGGCAGCCGGCGCGGGCUUCGCAUCGCCCAGCCUGACUGUGCUUGAGCUCGAGGCAAACGGUCAGACCGCGCUGCCACCGCUGCACCCGCGCGCGACGGUGCUCACGGCGCUCCUGGCCUCGUACAACCGGCUUGGUGCCGCCCCGCGGAUGCUAGCGCAGCAUGGCCAUUCGCUCAAGAAGCUCCACCUGGGCUGCAACGGCGUGACUUGCGUGGCGGAGGUGCUCCCCCACCUCACGCGGCUCACCGAGCUCUGCCUCGAGGGCAACCGGCUCUCGGAGCUGCCCGCGGCGAUUGGCCGGCUGGACAAGCUUCGCGAGCUGUGGCUGCACGGCAACUUGCUGACUUGCCUCCCCGCGGAGCUGGGUCAGUGCGCAUCGCUCACCGUCCUCCAGGCGCACCACAACCGCCUCGCGGAGCUGCCCGCCGCCCUCGGCGCGCUCCCCCGGCUGCAGGGGCUCUACCUCCAGUCCAACAGGCUCGGAGGGUCGCUGGCCGCGCUGCGCCAGAGGGUGCUGCGUCACUUGCCGCUGCAGAACCUCGCCCUCGGCGCCAACGCCUUCGACCUCGCCGAGGCGUCAGAGCUGGCCUCUGAGCUGAGCGGCAGCGCAGCCCGCGCAGUCACCUCCUCCGGCCACUCCGGCGCGGCGCGGAUCGGCCUCGGCUGGAACCGCGGGACGCCGCCUGCGGCGCUGCGCGACGUCCUCACCGACCGUCUCGCGACAACCGACCACUUCUUCGAGCCGAUGGCGGCGGGCGUGCGAGGUGACGUCCUCCUCGUCGCCUUCGCCGCCCAGGGCCCCGGCAUGCAACAGUGGGCCGCGCCGUGCGCCGCCGCGCGCGCAGCCGGCGUGGCCGUCGACGCCCUCUACCUCGCCGACCCGUCGAACUCGUACUACCUGCAGGACCCAGCCGGCGGGUGGGGCGGCGUACGCUACUUUGAGCGGCUCAUCCGAGCCCACACGGCCGGCUACGCGCGCGUCCUCCUCGUCGGCUCCUCGAUGGGCGGCACCGCCGCGCUGCUGCACGCGCACCUCGGCCACCGCGCCGUCUCGUUUGGCCCGCGGGUGGACCUGGACCUGACGCACGGCGCGCACGUGCCGGCCGAGCCCAGGCGCGCGUGCACCGCGCGCGUGCGACACGCCCUCGCGGUGAUGCACGCGCGAGGCGGCCGUGCGGCCGUGCACGUCGGCGCGGGCAACGCCGUCGACAUGAUGCAGGCCCGGCUCGUCGCGCACGCGCCGGGGCUCGCCCUGCAUGAGCACGACACCUUCCACCACAACGUGCCCAUGUUCCUCGAGCGCGAGGGCCUGCUGGUGCCGCUGCUGAAGCGCGAGCUCCUCGCGCUGCUCCAGGGGUAGUCGUCGCCGCCGGACCACGCUGUAGUGUAUGUCGCCGCCGCAAGUACAAGAUAGUACGCAGGUAGGAUAGCGCCCCUGUGGAACUGUAGACGGGGCCUCGUGUCGUGUCGUGGCCCGAAAUGUUUCCCAUCCGCGGGAGAGAGCUAGGGAGAGAGCGUUUACUUUAGCCCCCCGCCCAAGGCGAGUUUUUUUGUAAAAAAAAUGUUCCAGUCUU